AUGCAGGACCCAGUGGUCCUGGCUGCUCCAGUCACACUCUGCCUCGAGACGCACCUCAAGCACGCAACAGACCGCGCACAAGCUCUUCCAGGACGACAGGACGAGCGCCUCAACACGGAGUUCAGCCAGACGGACUUCACGCUGGACGAGGGCGAGCAGCUGCUGCGCGACAUGCAGGAGCUGCGUGACCAGAUGAGCGGCCAGGCGGAGGAGGCCCUGAAGCGGUUUUGCAGCGGCUCAAGCGACAGUACGAGAUGUCCAUUCACUCUCUGGCAGCGCAAGCAGCUGCGCAUGCGCCAGAACAUGAUCCUGGCCACCAUCAAGGUGGUCAAGAGCUGGGACCUGCAGCAGUUCAUGGCAAUGGGCAGGGACCAGAGGGACGCGAUCCGGCGAGCUCUCAACGAGGACGCCGAGAAGCUGAUCCAGGAGGGCGACCCGAAGGACCCGCAGCUGCGUCGGCUGCGACGUGAGAUUGACGAAGUCAACCGACUCUUCGACGAGUUCGAGCGGCUGGCGGCCGAGGCGAACCCGACCAACCAGUUCAACACCAAGGUGACGUCGCUGGAGUCGGAGCUGACGAAGGCGGAGGGCGAGCUGGCGGACCCGCUGCACGGCGCCCAUCCCGCGCGACGCCCCGCGACGCUCAGCGGCUGUCUGAAGUGCGUUGAGGUGACCGUAAAUGAACUGGAGGAGGCUACCAAUGUGGUCAGUCACCUGGAGGCCAAGCUGAGCGACUACCGCCAGCUUCCCGACGACCGCGAAGGUCUGAAGUCGGCCCACCUCAGCCUGGUGGACCUGCAGAACAACCUGCAGAAGAAACAGGGUGCGAUCGAACAGCUCAACGUUGACAUGGGUAAGACGCGCAAGACGACGGAGCGGACGCGUCCCCGGCAGCGGAACCACCCGGACGUGGAGGAGCUGGAGGACGACGUCAACCGCGUCACCAAACAGUGGACCAACUGCUGCGAGGGCGUCGUCGACAGGCUGCGCUCUGUGGACCAGGCGGCGGACCUGCUGGCGCAGUACGAGCAGAAGGAGCGCAUGGAGCGCCAGUGGGCCUCGCAGAUGGAGGCGGAAGCGCGGCACCGGCAGCAGGAGGAGGAGCGCGCUCGGCAAGCGGUGAUCGAGAAGUACCGCCAGUGUGACGAGUCGAUCGCCGACUUCCUUGGCUGGAUGGCCAAGGUGGAGAAGCGGUUGGCCAGUCAGGAGGAGGUCCAGGAGGACGUCCCCAAGCUCCGCAACCAGAUCAACGUGGUCAAGGCCAUCAAGGAUGAGCUGAAGCAGCAGCAGCAGCGCCCGGUGUUCGCGGCGCUGGACCAGGUGCAGGACGUGGCCGAGCGUGCCGGCGACAUCCUUUCCAAGGACGAGCUCAAACAGCUGCAGCACAAUGGACAGGAGCUGCGCCAGCGAUACGACACCGUGACGGACCGCAGCGACCAGCUGCUGCGGAGCCUCGGCGCCUGCCUGGACGAGCUGAGCAAGUACCGCUCCGACCUGGACACGUUCGAGACCUGGCUCACCCGGGCCACGCACACGCUGUCGGACAAGGAGCGGCAGCUCUCCGACCUGGGCAAGCUGAAGUCGAGCGAGCAGGGCUGCCGUGACCUGGUGCACGACGUCAUCGCGCACCAGGCCGACCUGCGCUUCAUCACGGUCGCCGCGCAGAAGUUUAUCGACGAGAGCAAGGAGCACCUGAAGACGCUCAACGACUUCCGCACCAACCUGCCGCAGCGCAUGGGUCAUGUCGAGCCGCGCGACUACGGGGUCAAGCGCGAGGUCACCCAGGUCACGCAGGCGUACCAGGACCUGCUGGGCCGUGCCAACAAGCUGUCGGACAAAGUGUCCAGCCUGGGCGGCAGGCAGCGCGAGUACCAGGACGCGCUGGACCGCGCUAGCCGCUGGCUGCGCGAGGUCGAGCCGCAGGUGCAGAAGCUGGUGACGGAGCCGGUGGCGGCCGAGCCGCGAGGCGUACAGGAUCAGCUUGACCGCGCCAAGCACCUCAACAGCGACAUGCUCUCGCAGGGCAAGCUGUUCGACAACGCCACGGCGUCGGCCGCGCAGCUGGUGAAGGCGCUCGAGGGCCAGAUCACCCCGAAGGAGGGCGAGCGCAUCACGCGCCCGCCGACCGACCUGACCGAUCAGUACCGCCGGCUCUCCGACGCCGUCAUCGACCGCUGCCAGGCGCUGGACAUGGCGCUGGUGCAGUCGCAGGGCGUGCAGGACGGUCUCGACUCGCUGAUGGCGUGGCUGAACCAGGCCGAGGCGCGGCUCAAGUCCAUCCUGAAGCCGGCCAGUCUGAACCGCGAUCGCCUGACGGAGCAGGUGCAGGAGCAGCGGCUGCUGCAGACCGACAUCGACUCGCACCAGCCGGGCGUCGACCAGAUCCAGCGCUCCGCGCGCCAGCUGCUCGAGACGCCCUCUAACGCGCGCAUCGCCAAGAAGAUCGAGGAGAACCUGCGCGAGCUGACGACGAGCGCGGGCCGUCAGCUGGACGAGGUGGCCUCGCAGACCGACAACUUCUGGGGCAAGGCCGAGCGCUUUGAGCACUGGUUCGUCGAGAUCUUCGAAGUGGUGGAGUCGCAGGAGAUCAUCAAGCUGAACGCCGAGUCGUACACGAGCAAGAUGGACGAGCUGGAAAUGGAGGCGCAGUGGCGCGAGCUGCAGGACCUGCUGGACGAGCGGCUUCAGGAGGGUCGCACUCGCUCCGACUCCCUCAACGCCUACGAAAAGCUCAAGGAGGACGUGCUGACUUGGAUGAAAAAGAUGGAGACCCGCAUCGACUCCCUGCAGCCGGUGGCCGUGGACCAGAAGCUGCUGAAGCAGCAGAGCGACGAGCUCAAGCCACUAGUGAAGGAACACGGCCAGUACGUGACCACGAUCGACAAGGUGAAUGACCUGGGCAACCAGUACGACGCCUUGCUGCGGGCCGAUCGGGCCGAGACGCCGUCCCGACGUCGCUCCUCCGUCACGCCCGCCAAGAAGACGUCCGUCGUCUCCCACGGACGCCGCUCCGUCACGCCUCUGUCAUCAGUGCGUAAGCCCUCUUUCGAGCGCUCGUCGCCGGCUCCCGGCCGGCCCAGCCGCCGUGAGUCGCAUGCUGACGGAUAUGUCGGUCUGGACGACCAAUCGCCGAUCCAGGCGCAGCUGAACGAGAUCAACCAUCGCUACCAGAUGGCAGGUACGCGGCUCACCGACCGGCAGGCGGACAUCGACACCGUCAGCGACGAAGUGCGCCGCCACAUGGACACGCUGAAGCAGCUGCAGCAGUUCCUGGACAAGACGGAGCGCCAGCUGCCGCGCGACGGCGCGCUCACUGACGUGGUGGAGCGCUGGCGCGCGCUGCAGGAGCGGCUCAAGGCGCGCCAGCGCAAUCUGCAGGACAGCCGCCAGUUCUUCGACACGCACGACCAGCUGAACGGCUGGCUGCAGGCCAAGGAGAAGAUGCUGACGGUGCUGGGGCCGCUGAGCUCGGACCCGCGGCUCGUGCAGAUGCAGAGCCAGCAGGUGGCCGUGCUGAGGGACGAAUUCGCCGGCCAGUACCCCACCCUGCAGACGCUGAACCGCGUCGGUCAGGCGCUCGUGGAGGAGGCAGAGCCGGACAGUGCCACCGCGCAGAAGGUGGGAGACAAGCUACGCAAGACCAACGACAAGUGGGAGGAGCUGAUCGCCAAGCUGGAGGAUCGGGAGCAGAACCUGGACGCCGCCUCGGGCGCCAGCCAGCAGUUCAACGAGUCGCUGGGUCGCCUGCAGCGCGACCUGCAGAAGAUCGGCGACAACUUCGACGACCUGUCGACGGAGCGCACUGAGCCGCAGCAGAAGCUGAAGAAGCUGAACCAGCUCCAGCACCAGGUGGACGAGCUGCGACCGCAGCUAGCUGAGCUGGAAGCGCUCGGUGAGGAGCUGUGCAACGUGCUGACCGACCCGUCGGCCAAGACCGAGGUCAAGGACAAGCUGUACCAGCUGGGCCGCCAGCAGAACCAGCUGCAGAAGAAGAUGGACAACCUGCGCGCCGAGCUGGAGAACUCGCUGAAAGAGGACCGCGAGUUCGAGGACGGCUGCGCGGACGUACAGGAGUGGAUCAAGGACUGCGUCGACCAGAUGGGCCGCCCGCUGAAGGUGUCAGCCGACGCCGACAGGCUGGCGCGCCAGGUGGCAGAGUACGAGCCCGUCUACAAGAGUGUGACGGCGCGCGAGCACGAGGUGUUCCUCGUCCAGCGCAAGGGCCAGGACCUGCUCGCCAAGACGACCAACAAGCAGGAGGCCAAGACGCUGCAGAAGUUCCUGGAUAAGCUGCAGAAGGACUGGGACGGCAUGAAGCGGGAGGCAGUGAGUCGCCACACCCGUCUGCAGACGUGCUCCGACCUCUGCCGCAAGUACCACGCGGCGCUGGAGAGGUUCGCGCCCUGGCUGGACAAGGCCGAGGACCGGCUGGACCGCAUGCAGCCCAUCAGCUUCCGCAAGGCCGACAUCCAGAAGCAGCUGCGCGAGGUGCAGGCGUUCAAGAACGACGUGUCGCUGCACUCGGGCGAGCACGAGCAGACGCAGUCGGGCGGCGACGCGCUGCUCGCCGCCACCGACACGGACAAGGAAGGUGUGCAGGCCGACCUGCAGCUGCUACGGCAGCGCUGGGACGCGCUCAGCGCCGCCGCCGUCGGCCGCCUGCAGGCGCUGGAGGACGUGGCCGCCAAGGUGGGCGACUUCCAGGACAAGCUGCGCGACCUGGAGCACGGCCUGCAGCGCUGCGAGGACCGGCUCGGGGCGCACGACGCGCUCGGCGGCGGCCGCGACCCGCGCAUGCUGGGCCGCGUCAAGGACCUGCUGCAGGAGCGACCUGCAGAACGCUUCGCAUGCCGUCAAUGA